AUCUCUACGUCAUUGGGAUCUGCUAAUGUGAAAUGACAGACUCAACAGGACCAAUCAGUCAGCUGUAGCUCCCUUGUGGAACCUCCUGAAGAUUGGACAACAAGCCCUCAGUUCUGUCACGCUGGGACCAGAACGGGGCCCUAUAAUGCAGGUGGAGCACACCCACACAAGGUGUUGGGUUUGUGUACUGAGCUGCCUUCUGCUCGCCUGUCAGUACGUUGGCAGUUUGUACAUCUGGAGAAGCAGCUUACCCAGGGACCAUCCCAGAAUGAUAAAGCGUCGCUGUGCCAGUGUCCUGUUGGUCUCUGCACUCUCACCUGCAGUGGUGAAAGCAUGGAUGCACUGGGCUGAUGUCAGGGUCAAUGCAUCUGUGUGGGAGUUGAUGGGAGUUCGUUUGGACGGUCUGGUUCCUGCAGCCAUACUGCCACUACUACUAACCAUGGUAUUUUACCUUGGACCCCUGGUUCAUUCUGCGAUAGACAACCCUGAAGGCUUCACUGGGGAACUUCAGUCUGCACUCGAUGUUCAGUCAUGGAGGUUGUGUGUAGGUGAUGCAGUGUGGCUCAGGAACCAGGUGGUGGCACCAGUGACGGAGGAGCUGGUGUUCAGAGGGGCCAUGCUGCCUAUGCUGGUGUCCUGCACGGGACCCACAGCUGCCAUCUUCAUCGCUCCGCUGUUCUUCGGUGUUGCCCAUUUCCACCAUAUAAUAGAGCAACGCCGCCUCCACAAGGACAGUUUGAGUGUCAUCUUCUUAGUGUCAGUGAUACAAUUCUUGUACACAACUGUGUUCGGUGCCUUCACAGCCUUUAUAUUCAUGAGAACUGGCCAUGUUGCAGGUCCAGUUUUGUGCCAUUCAUUCUGUAACAGUCAGGGCUUGCCUGACAUCAGCUCUGCCCUGCAGCACCCUCAACGAUCAGCUCUACUCUUUUCAUAUCUGAUGGGGGUGCUGCUGUUUCUGGUGCUACUCUUCCCGCUGACAGACCCCUUCCUCUAUGAUUCCAUUCCCAUCUGCAGCCUGGCUGUACCUGCAGCAUCUGUAUGCUAAAUUAAAUCAAAUUAAAUGUCUGCUCUUUAAAAAAAAAAUGCCAUUGUUUUUUUACAAUGGAUUUCAUUUUGUGUCAGGUUUUCAAAUAAAAAAAAAAGUAAUUUUAUAUAGAGUGUGUGCGUUAGUAGGUAUGUGUGGGCAGAUGUGUUCAUGAGAAGAGAAUGAUUCUAGCAUGUCAGACAUUUUCUGCAUGGUGAAAUAUUUCCUACUGCAUGGAAACACAACACCAGUACAACUUUCCCUGGUUUAGAGAGAGAAAGUGUGUGUGGCAGAGAAAAACAGAUGAGCUGUGCGAGUGAAUGAAUUAGUGAAAAGGGUAAGGCUUUGGAGGAGACAGCAGUAGAGAAAGACACAUAUGCAGACAGAGAAAGGCAGACAGACAGAAACACAGGCACAGAGGCCAAAAAACACUCAGAAGGAACCACAGUGGAGAGAGACUGUAAAGUCACAUUGUAAGGACAAAUAAGGCUAUACAAGACAGGCUUGUGAGAAAAAACUGUUACAGCCAGAAGCAACACAAGCAAUGCCAACAGACGUUAAGUUAAGAGAAGAGAAAAAUAAAGGAAAACAGCAAGGAAAGAUGGAGGGGGAGUAUGGGGGAAAUGUUAGUGUGUCCCCAAGGAAAUUAAGAAUGGAGUAGCAAGAGUUGGGGGGGAAGAGAAGACAGUGUUAGGACAGAGUAGUGAAAGGUUGAGUCAAGCAAUUAAGGUUUAUGAGACAGACUGAUGUGCUACUUAUAAAUACAACACCUUUGUUUACAACCCAAACCAGACAAUGUACAUUCACAUACCUCUGUAGCUCUCAGAGCUAUAGGUUAUACUUAUAUUCAAUUUAUUUCACUAGCACCCAGAUACAUUUUAGUUUUAGCUGUAUUUUGUAUAGUAGGAAUGACAGAUUAGGAAAUGAUAAGAUUAGAUAAACAGAUUGAUACCACUCUCAGUACAGUAUGUAGCUGGAGCCAGCAGCUGGUUCUGUUCAAAAGUUUAAAAAAAGAAGCACCUGUGAAGCUCAGUAUGUUGAAUCUCAUUUGUUGAUUCCAUACAAAAAUCAAAAUGAAAAUGUGUUGUUUUUUAUGGACCAACCAGCGGAGACUCCAGGAAAUUACUGGUAUAUAACGUAAUAUAACUCGUUAACAGCCACAACCUGUUGAGGUUCUGGGAGACACCUUUAGGUUACCUAAUGACAGAGCCAGGCUAGCUGUUUCCCUUUGUUUAUGUUAACUGGCUGCAGUUAGAGGUGUGUUUGAGCAGUGAGUGUGUAACAGCACCAUUCCCCAUUACCUAUAUCUCUGGUCACAAACUGGGCUUAAUCUUCUGCUCAUUGCUGUGAAAUGUUGGAAAGAUUUAAGAUCUUAUUUAUUCAAAAAAAUAACUGCUGACUUCUCAUCA